GUCUCGCAAACUAACCUUAGUUUAUCAAAUUGUGUUUGUUAUUAUUUGAAGAAACCAGAUCACGUUUUAGUUCAACCUUUUUAUAUGUAAUAUUAAAAAUGGCAAAGCAUCAUCCUGAUUUAAUAUUCUGUCGUAAACAACCUGGCGUAGCUAUUGGAAGACUAUGUGAAAAGGAUGACGGAAAAUGUGUCAUUUGCGAUUCAUAUGUGCGACCCUGCACGUUAGUCAGGAUCUGUGAUGAAUGCAACUAUGGGUCUUAUCAGGGACGGUGUGUUAUAUGUGGAGGGCCUGGAGUUUCUGAUGCUUACUAUUGCAAAGAGUGCACCAUACAAGAAAAAGACAGAGAUGGUUGUCCCAAAAUUGUCAAUUUAGGUAGUUCAAAGACUGAUUUGUUCUAUGAAAGGAAGAAGUAUGGAUUUAAAAAAAGAUAGACAUGACUAUUUAUUUUUAUUUUAAACAUUUUAUACUAUAAUUUUAUGCAGAGAUAGUGCAUAUCAAUUUACUUCUUUCUAAGAUGUGUGUGAAUGUAUGGAGUGAUGGGUGAACUUCAAGAGGUUUUAGUUGAUUGUUCCAAAAAUCCUGAUUGUACUUGAUCUCGCCCAUCUCUAUGUGUUUGUAAUAUAAAACUUUUCUAUGA